AUGCCUGACUAUCGCCGCCGUUCGGGUGACUAUCGCACCUCGCGUUUCCAAGACGCGCUGCAUAUGCAAGAGGCAGUCCAAGUGUACCCAAAUCGGGUGGUAGCCAUGCAAUUCUCCCGAACCCAUCGGAUGAACUCUAUCGGGACCAGUAACCUCAACGGUGGACUUGUAGUUCUGAUGGUCUCGGAUUGGGCCGCCGUGCUCGCCCACAUUCCCCCCCUUCCCUACCCGACUCGGGACCCGCGUGCCGGUUUGAAUAACGUGCGCAACAGAAUGGACGACUUUGUGGACGAGUACUACCGUUAUUAUCAAUCUCUCCCGCAUAGUCACAGUAGGACUUAUAUUGUUGUGCCUCUGUACCAGGGUCGAAUGGCAUUGCCGAAUCACCGGGACACCGCCGCCGAUGAACUGAACCGUAACGGCCUCCCUCAACCCCGGAUCGUCUACUACGAGGUUAGACGAGGCGGGGGUGGUCAUUUUGCCAGUGGCAGUGUCUUUAUCGAUGGAAGAGAUCGUGGGCGUCCUGAGGUAUAUGUCGAAGACCGACGAGUCUGA